CGUGAAUAGAUUGCAGCCCAGCGAUUGACGUAGACAACGGCAAGGCUUGGCCUCACCGUCUUGAAAUGGGCAGUAUCUUGUGUAUCAUGGCAACCGUGAACGACUGACUAUAUAAGAGAUGGGCAAGGCGACAGAAUAAGGCACCUCACCUUGCCUUACCACUCAUUCACCACCACUACACAUUCAUCCACUCUUUCAACAUGAAGUUCUUCGCUGCUGCCAUUGCUCUGCUGCCCGCUCUUGGGUCGGCCCACACCAUUGCCCAGCGUGUCCGCGUCAACGGUCAGGACUUUGGUCUAGGCAACGGUAUUCGUGUCGCCUCGUCCAACAACCCCAUCACCAACGUCAACGAUGGUGCCAUGGCCUGCAACACCGGUGUCUCUUCUUCGAGCAAGGUCAUUGAUGUCAGGGGCGGUGACAGGGUUGGUGUCCAGUGGGGCCAUGUUGUUGGAGGAGCCCAAGGUGCCAACGACCCAGACCACCCCAUUGCCAAGUCGCACAAGGGUCCCUCCAUCUUCUACAUGGCCAAGGUCUCCAACGCAGCCAGUGCCUCCCCCUCUGGCCUACAAUGGUUCAAGGUCGCCGAGGACGGUCUUCAAGGCUCUACCUGGGGAGUUGACCGCAUGAUCUCCAACAACGGAUGGACCGAGUUCACCGUGCCAUCCUGCAUUGCUUCAGGCCAGUAUCUCGUGCGAGCUGAGCUGAUUGCGCUCCACAGCGCUAGCUCCGUUGGCGGUGCACAGUUCUACAUUGGAUGUGCUCAAGUCAACGUUUCGGCAUCAGGAUCAAAGACUGGAACCACUGUCAGCUUCCCUGGCGCUUACCGGGCCGAUGAUGCUGGUAUCAAAGUCAGCAUCUACAACUCUCAAGGUCAGCCCACUGGUAACGGUCAGUACAAGAUCCCCGGCCCAGCCAAGCUUCAGUGCUAGAGAGGGGUAGCUAUGGUAGAAGGCUUGUAGUAUAGAAGGGACCAAGUCAAGGCAGUAGAACAAGGACUUUUCUCUUCUCAACACCUCAUUUAUCCAUACUUUGUUAGCCAAAUGAAACAUUACUUUGUGCA